CUGAGCGUAAACGGAGGAAAAAAGAAAGUGAAACAAUUACGAAAAUUGCAAAUAUUUUGCCUUACGAAAUUGAAAUACAUGAAAAACCAUCAAAACUAUCGAAAGUAAACAUUUUGGAAAAAGCGUUGAAAUAUAUUUUAAGCUCUGAUCAAGAGAUGCAAAAAAUUCAAAAUGAAAAUGAAAUACUACGUGAAGAAAAUAACUUAUUGAAAGAACUAUGUAUCUCACGUA